GGUGUGACCAAGGCAUCUCACUUUUGCUUCUUGCAGGUGCCAGUCUCCAGCCACCGCGACCCCCUGCUGGACCUGGCUGCCUAUGACCAGCAGGGCCGCCGAUUUGACAACUUCAGCUCUCUGAGCAUCCACUGGGAGUCCACCAGGCCGCUGCUGGCCAGCAUUGAGCUUGACCCACCCAUGCGUUUGGUGUCCCAGGACGAUGGGAGUGGCCAAAAGAAGCUGCACGGUUUGCAGGCCAUUUCAGUCCAUGAGGCAUCGGGAACCACAGCCGUCACUGCCACCGCGGCUAGCUACCAGCAGUCCCAUCUCAGCACAGCCAGAGUGAAGCAGCAGCACGACCCUCCCGUGCCCGUGUCGGCCUCCAUAGAGCUCAUCCUGGUGGAGGACGUGAGGGUGAGUCCAGAAGAGGUGACCAUCUACAACCACCCUGGCAUCCAGGCGGAGCUGCACGUCAGAGAAGGCUCCGGAUACUUCUUCCUCAACACGAGCACUGCAGACGUUGUCAAGGUGGCCUACCAGGAGGCCAGGGGAGUUGCCGUGGUGCACCCUUUGCUCCCGGGCUCAGCGACCAUCAUGAUCCACGACUUGUGCCUCACCUUCCCGGCCCCGGCAAAGGCCGUGGUUUACGUCUCAGACAUUCAGGAGCUGUACGUCCGUGUGGUUGACAAGGUGGAGAUUGGGAAGACAGUGAAGGCACACAUCCGCGUGCUGGACUUUUACAAGAAGCCUUUCCUGGCCAGAUACUUCCCGUUCAUGGACCUGAAGCUCCAAGCAGCCUCCCAGGUCGUCACGUUGGUGGCCCUUGACGAAGCCCUCGACAACUACACCGCCACGUUCCUCGUCCACGGCGUGGCCAUUGGCCAGACCAGUCUGACUGCAAGUGUGACUGAUAAAGCCCGCCAGAGAAUCAGCUCAGCCCCACAACAGAUCGAAGUCUUUCCUCCGUUCAGGUUGAUACCCAGGAAGGUGACACUGCUUAUCGGGGCCACGAUGCAGGUCACCUCCGAGGGUGGCCCCCAGCCUCAGUCCAACAUCCUUUUCUCCAUCAGCAACGAGAGCGUUGCACUGGUGAGCAGUGCCGGCCUGGUGCGGGGGCUCACCGUUGGCAAUGCCACCGUGUCUGGGCUCGUGCAGGCAGUGGACGCGGAGACCGGCAAGGUGGUCAUCGUCUCUCAGGAUCUCGUGGAGGUGGAGGUGCUGCUGCUCCAGGCGGUGAGGAUCCGCGCCCCCAUCACGCGGAUGAGGACAGGGACCCAGAUGCCCGUCUAUGUCACCGGGAUCACCAACCACCAGAACCCUUUCUCCUUUGGCAAUGCUGUGCCAGGCCUGACCUUCCACUGGUCUGUCACCAAGCGGGAUAUCCUGGACCUCCGAGGGCGGCACCACGAGGUGUCAAUCCGGCUCCCGUCGCAGUACAACUUUGCCAUGAACGUGCUGGGCCGCGUGAAAGGCCGAACUGGGCUGAGGGUAGUGGUCAAGGCUCUGGACCCCACAGCUGGGCAGCUGCGUGGCCUUGCCAAGGAGCUGUCUGACGAGAUCCAGAUCCAGGUGUUUGACAAGCUGCUGCUGCUCAACCCCGGAAUAGAAGCAGAACAAAUCUUAAUGGCACCCAACUCAUUUACGAAGCUCCAGACAAACAGGGAUGGUGCGGCCUCUCUGAGCUACCGUGUCCUGGAUGGGCCCGAGAAGGUUCCUGUCGUCCACAUUGAUGAGAAGGGCUUCCUGGUGCCAGGGUCUGUGAUAGCGUCCACAAUUGAAGUGACUGCACGAGAGCCUUUUGGGACCAACCAAACCAUCAUUGUUGGCGUAAAGGUGUCUCCUGUGUCUUAUCUGAGGUUUUCCAUGAGUCCUGUCCUGCAUACCCAAAACAAGGAGGCCCUGGCAGCCCUGCCUUUGGGGAUGACUGUGACCUUCACUGUGCACUUCCAUGACAACUCCGGAGACAUCUUCCACGCUCACAAUUCAGUCCUGAACUUUGCCACUAACAGAGAUGACUUUGUGCAGAUUGGGAAGGGCCCCACCAACAACACCUGCGUCAUCCGCACUGUCAGCGUGGGCCUCACGCUGCUCCGAGUGUGGGACACAGAGCACCUGGGCCUCUCCGACUUCAUCCCCCUGCCGGUCCUGCAGGCCAUCUCCCCAGAGCUGUCCGGAGCCUUGGUGGUGGGGGACGUCCUCUGUCUGGGCACUCUUCUGGUCAGCCUGGAAGGCCUCUCAGGAACCUGGAGCUCCUCGGCCCACGGCAUCCUCCACAUGGACCCCAAGACUGGCGUGGCUGUGGCCCGGGACGCGGGAUCUGUGACGGUCUACUACGAGGUCGCUGGGCACCUGAGGAUAUACAAGGAGAUAGUAGUCAGCGUCCCUCAGAAGAUUGUGGCCCGUCAUGUCCACCCCGUCCAGACCGGCUUCCAGGAGGCCACAGGCUCCAAAGUGAUUGUCGCUGUGGGAGACAGAAGCUCUACCCUGCGCGUUACCUGGGCGUGGUGGCCAGCAGUCCUGUCACACCCUCUCACUCCCUCCCCCUCUCUAGGUGAGUGCUCCCCGGCCCAGAUGGAAUUUGUGGAGACCUUACACCCCGAGUCCCUCCUCAGCUGCCAGCUGCAGUUUCAGCAAGCCGUCUUCGAUUUCAGCAAGCCAGUGAUGUUCUCACCGUGGAGCCAGGCUUUGAUGCCGCUCUGGAAAAGGGACACCCUUGUCUCUGCAGGCCAGUACCUCUGCUUGGUCACCACACACAGGCUGACGGACAAGCAGCGGAAGCACCUGAGCAUGAAGAAGAUGGCUCUGGUGGUCACAGCCUCCCUCUCUGGCAGCCGCUUCUCCACAGAACAGGUCGGAGCCGAAAUGCCCUUCAGCCCGGGUCUCUACGCCGACCAGGCUGAAAUCCUUUUGAGCAACCAGCACGCCAGCUCCGAGGUCAAGGUCUUCGGUGCCCCGGAGGCUCUGGAGAGCCUGGAGGUGAAAUCCGGGUCCCCCGCCGUGCUGGUCAUCGAGAAGGAGAAGUCUUUCGGGCUGCCCAGCUUCAUCACAUACAUGGUUGGGGUCUCAGACCCCACGGCUGGCAGCCAGGGGCCUCUGUCCACUCUCCUGACCUUCUCCAGCCCCACGACCAACCAGGCCAUCACCGUCCCGGUGACUGUGGCCUUCAUGAUGGAUCGCCAUGGACCUGGUCCUUACGGAGCCAGCCUCUUUCAGCACUUCCUGGAUUCCUACCAAGUCAUGUUCUUCACGCUCUUUGCCCUGCUGGCUGGGACGGCCGUCAUGAUCAUAGCCUACCACACAGUCUGUGCGCCCCGGGAGCUCACGGUACCUGCGGCCCUCACGCCCCGAGCCAGCCCUCGGCACAGCGCCCACCAUUUUGCUGCCUCGUCACCAGCAUCUCUGAACGCGCUGCCUCCUGCUCGCAAAGCCAGCCCGCCCUCAGGGCUGUGGAGCCCGGCCUACGCCUCCCACUAGGCCCGCAGGAGCUGGGACCUGCGGGCAGCUCCUCGCGCCCCUCCAGGACAGGGACACCCCUGCUCAUCAAUGUUCUCACUGGAAGGGGCCCCUCCAGACCUGAGCCCCCGUCCCCAGGCCCCCUUCCCCGCCCCUCUGUGUUGGUAGAGCUAGUUUAGUCGUGCUUCCUGGCAUACACUUCAGUGGAGGAGUUUUAAGUUUGUGUGGUUUUUUCCUCCCAAGUCUUGCAAAGUGAGACCGUCUGGCUCAUCCUUUCCUCUGGACAGCAUUGUGACUUGACUUUGCAGCAUCGCUGAGUCCCCCUCACGACACUGAGCAGCGAGAAGCUCUGGUCGGUUGUCCGCAGCCGACGCUGCUGCAGUGCUCUCAGGGAAAGAACCGUCACACUACUUCGGGGGAUUUUUGGUAUUUUUUCCCACUGUGAAAACUUACUUUUCCCCUGGUCUGGAGGCUGCUAGGAAAUUUGGGGAGCAAAUGGACGUGAGUGUCCUGCGCCUGCCCCGCCACUGCAGGGGAAGCCUCAGGAACCAGCGCCCUGGAGCCCUUGACAGCUGAGCCCGUGGCGGCGAGAUGCCAGGAAAGCCCGCGAGCUGCCGCAGGCCGCUCCCCCCACGUUGGGCCGCUGUGAGCAGAGUUCAGCCUCUGUGUCCGUCAUUGCAUAAGCUGCCGCGACAUCUGGUGCACUUGGCUUCGUCCCCGCAGGGAUGUCCCGAGUGGGGGUCCCUCUCUGUCUCCCUGUCCUGGCCUCUCCAUAACCUCAGCGACAUGCAGUAUCGUCCUUAGGAGAACGUCCUUGAGGUGGUGGCAGGGUCUCCCUUUCCGUGUGUUUGUUUUGAGAAGCGCUAUGUUCUGCGUCAGCACAAAGACCCAGUGUUAUUGGCCCAGCGCUACUGUCCUUUGUGUAUGACGCUCCAGCACCUCAACAGAUCUGAGCCGUUGCCUGCCUGCGUGAGCCACAGCCUCUCCAGCGGUCGCUCGCCGGGCCCAGGCCCCCAAGCAGCCUGCCAGCGUGGGCCAGUGAGCAGGGUGCUGGCGGUCUAGGGCCUACCCGCCAGCAAGGGGCUCCCUGAGGGCUGGGGAAGGAGAAGACCACUCAGAAAACUCCUCUUCCAGCUCCUUGUUCCGGAUCUGAGACUCUCAGAAUGCGGCCGCUCUGCUCUAGGCCAAGGCGCAGUGCCACUCAGGGAGACCCGAGACUCAGGGCCCAGAGCUGUACACACAUGGACACCGCGUGUGGAGAGUCCUGUCCAACUGCGAGGAUCACACGCGAAUCCACCUCAGUCCUCUGGGGCCCGCCAUGCCGUUGAUUUUCCCGAAGCUGGAGGAAGGAAGAAUGUGCCUUGCCCAUCACUUGAGCUCAGACCAACAUCCUGGAUGUGAACAGGAGCC